AUGUUCUUUCCUCAAUUAAGGAAAAAACCAAAUAUUUCCCAACCCAGUUCAUCUCAAAUCCCAAUACCUCAAACUCCAGUAACUACUCCUCCAACCACUACACAACCUAUUCCCGAACCUCCUGUUCAACCUUCCUCACCUUUUCCCCAAAAAAGAGAAACCCAAAUGUUCCAAGCAUCUGACACUGAUUCAGAUGUAGUAGCUUCCUCAGUUUCGCCACAGAGUUUAACCUCUCCUGAACCCUUGCAAGAUAUGAGUACCUUUUUAAAGAAUUUGACCAAACAACCAGAGUUGAACCUCCACACAGAAACCCAAUCUUCUGAUUCUAUAACAGAUUUCUCUGAAACCUCUAGCCACAACUCCUCCACUUCCUCUUCUCAUGACCCUUUGUUGUUAAAUGAACCUAUGGACCCUGACCCUGAUCCCAUAAUUGAUGAAGACGUCAGACCACCAUUACAACCAGAACCUCACCCUUCCUAUGGAGAUUCAUCUAAAGGAUUCACUCUUGAUGAUAUUCCACCUUCAAAAAGGAAUGAUAGAUUUCGAGAAAUGCAAGGAUGGAUGCAUGCAGAAAUGCUUAAUCCUGCUAAUACUUUGACAAGCACCAUUAGCAAAGUCAUUGUCCUGUUAAACAUGAGAAAAUUACUGCACGAGAAGAAUUCUUUAAACUCAAAUGUUGUUCAUUCAAAAGACAAGACCUUGAAAAGCACUUUUCGGAAAUGA